UGUUGGAAUAAAUCCACUAAAUAUAUGGUUACCAUUUAAACGUCUGGUAAAGCAAUUAAACAGAUCUUGUAUGGUUUGUAUAAGUAUAGUAUUAGUAUGCUUUGUGUUCAAUAAAAUUUCAAAUUAAUACUAGUUUAUAGAAACUUGGAAAAUAGUACAUUUCUGAUGCAUUUUUUUUUAAUAUUUGUCGGUGUUUCUAAACAAAUUUAAUAUUUGAAUAUAAGCACUGGGCUUAAAUAGCUAAUCGAUUGUAGAAAAUUUCACCCAAAAAAUCUCUAAUGUCAGAUAAGUUUUCAGGGCCAACAAUAAGGAUUCAAUAAAUUACCCCCUUAAUCAAAAUUUCUGUAAAGUAAACCAUUUUUUUUGGGUCCGAACAAUGACUGCCACCCCAAACAUUGCCGACGUAAAUGAUGGCGAGCUGCCAAAGCUGGCGCCGAUUAUCAAUGCCCUGAAGUGCGAGCAGACGGGUCACAUCAUGGAGGCGAUUCUGCUCUACGAGGAGAGCAUCUCCAAGUUGUCCCAAAUGGCUGAGGCGGAGCCGAGUCGCCGCCAGCUUUGUGGGAAAUACCUGAAGAUGUACGAGGCACGGGCCAAACAGCUGAGGGAUCAAGUGAAGGGUCACUUGCACACCAGCCGCAUGUUGGAUCACAUCACCAUCGAGCGGGGUGUGAGGGGCAGGAGCUACCAACGGCUGUUUGGCCCGUACUUGGACGAUGGCGUCCGGGAGGCCCAUCUCAACGAGCCGCAUCUCACUGAGUCGCCUCACUUUAGGAACCUGAUUAACUUCCUUGAGGUGCUGGUCAAGAACUGUCGGUAUCUGAAGUACAUUCGCUUGACCACGCAACCCGAUGCGGUGGCACCCAAGAAUCAGUUGCUGAUGCUACAGCAAAUGAAGAACGACCUGGCCGCUGGCAACAUCCAGAUGAACUUCCAGAUGGACGACAGCCUGCACGAUCGCAAGAUUGUGCUCAGCUCGGGAGUGGUCAUCAAGAUUGGCAGAGGUCUCCACUACUUUGAGCCUGUGGAGGGCUCUUACAGUCUGGGCCUUUGCGAUUUCGAUUUUCGCAAGUGCCUGGCCACCGAGGUGGACAUCUGGAAGUGUCAGGCUUUUGCCAAGCGGCUCAAGGACUCGGAGGAGGGCGAGUACCAGGCUUCAAAAGAGGAUCGGCCAGAGCUACAUGCUUACUCCAGCGAUUAGCAACGGUCGGUUGGAAUUAGGUCAGGCUUAUCUUAGCAGUACUACAAAUCAAUAAAAGCAGCAGUUCGAUAA